AUGGCGUUUAGAUGGAGGAGGCGCGGGCAUCAGUCAGACUGCCAGUUUGGGGCUGAGCAGGGCAGUCCUGACGUUGCGCUUUGGGAGCCAAUCACGGGGCCGCGAGGGGUUCGACCGGGAGGUGCAGCCACCAAGCAAGGAGGGGAGCCAGAGAGGUUGGCGCGGGCAAAGGCGGAUCUUCUUCCUCUAGAACGGGUUCCCGGUUGUGUGCUAGUCAAGUUAGUUGGGAACGAAGCCCGUCUGGAAGAGUCCACGAAAUGCUCCAGCAACAAUCAGAGGGAAGAACUAGACGUCAAAGCAGCUAAGCACAACUUGUCUAGUCUCUUAAAUGUGCUACCAUCACUACAGAGUCCAGACUUAGUCUAG